UUUUUAAUAAACCAGGAGGUGAAUUGUUACAUAGUGAUGGAUAUAAUACAAGGAUUUCAGACUCCCUUGGCAUUUGCUUCGACACGCCCACUCUGGAGAACUUCCCCUCUUGUGUUUGUGUUCCUGUGUUGAAGAAAGUUCUUGAGUUCCUCUGCUGGAGCUUUGAGACGUCGUUUCUUUUCUGUCGACUGUUCUAUAUUUUCCUCUUUUGCAACUUCUGCAAUGGCUCUCCGGAACGCUCUGCUUCGUAUCAGCCGUAAAUCGCUGCACAAUGACACGAGCACGCGGGUUCUGCUGCAGCGUCGCGCGCUACACAGCUCCACUGUGCCCGAAGAACCCGCACGAGACGCCACCGAUGCAGAGCUGAAGCACGCGGGACCGGUAAAGAGCCUGCGGGAAAUGCCCGGUCCUAGCGCCAUCGGGAACCUUAUCGAGUUCUUCUACAGAGACGGCUUCAGCCGCAUCCACGAGAUCCAGAUGGAGCACAGUCAGAAGUACGGGAAGAUCUUUAAGUCACGCUUUGGGCCGCAGCUGGUUGUGUCGGUAGCGGGCCGAGACUUGGUGGAGAAGGUGCUCAGGGCUGAAGGUGUAGCUCCUCAAAGAGCCAACAUGGAGUCCUGGAAAGAAUAUAGAGACAUGAGAGGACGUGCCACUGGCCUUAUCUCUGCUGAGGCUGAUGAUUGGUUGAAGAUGCGCAGUGUGCUGCGACAGCUCAUCAUGCGUCCACGCGAUGUUGCAGUAUUCUCAGACGACGUUAAUGAAGUGGUGGCAGACCUGGUGGUAAAAGUGCGCAAACUGCGCAGACAGCAGCCUGAUGGACUUACAGUCCUCAACGUCAACGACCUGUUCUUCAAAUUUGCUAUGGAAGGUGUGGCAUCCAUCUUGUACGAGACCCGUCUGGGCUGCUUGGAAGACGAGAUUCCCAAGAUGAGCCAGGAAUACAUAGAGGCCCUCCAUCUCAUGUUUAGCUCCUUCAAGACCUCCAUGUAUGCCGGCGCCAUCCCCAAAUGGCUGCGACCCAUCAUUCCCAAACCGUGGGUGGAGUUCUGCCGUUCCUGGGAUGGCCUUUUCAAAUUCAGCCAGAUCCACAUUGACAGGAAGUUGGCAGGGAUCAAGCAGAAGGUGGAGAGGGGAGAGGAGGUGAAAGGAGGUCUGCUUACUCACAUGCUGGUCACCAAGGAGAUGAAUCUGGAAGAGAUCUACGCCAACAUGACUGAAAUGCUCUUGGCUGGCGUGGACACGACGUCUUUCACAUUAUCGUGGAGUACAUACCUCCUGGCCAAGCAUCCCAUGGUACAACAGGAGAUCUAUGAGGAAGUGACGCGUGUACUCGGUGGACGAGUCCCAACUGCUGAUGAUGUUCCUCAGCUGCCACUCAUUAAGGGACUCGUCAAGGAGACACUCAGGCUUUAUCCUGUUCUUCCUGGAAAUGGUCGAAUCACUCAGGACGACCUCAUUGUUGGAGGUUAUUUCAUCCCCAAAGGCACUCAGCUGGCUCUUUGUCAUUACUCCACCUCCAUGGAUGAGGAGAAUUUUCCCAAAGCGGAAGAGUUCCGUCCCGAACGCUGGCUCCGUAAAGACACUUUGGAUCGAGUGGAAAAUUUUGGCUCCAUUCCUUUCGGCUACGGCAUCAGGAGCUGCAUCGGCAGGAGGAUAGCAGAACUCGAGAUGUACUUGGCUCUCACCCAGCUCCUUCAGAAGUUCCACAUCGAGGUGUCUCCGCUCACAGGCGACAUCCAAGCCAAAACUCAUGGCCUGCUGUGUCCUGCAGCUCCCAUCAAUGUCAGGUUUAUCGACCGUGUAUAAACCCCCGUCCCCUUCCUGAAUGUACAUAUAACGUAUGUUUAAAUUAUCCUGACAUUGUUGCCCAUAGUUGUAUAAGAAAAUCAUAAUCAUAAUGUUAUACAUGGAAAGAAACAACAACAAAGUUAAUCUGAUCAUGCCAAGCUUCACCAGCAAUACUCCCAACUCAAAAGGGUUAAUAAGCUUCUUGCCACUACAUGAUCAUAGACAUUUAAAUGAGGGGACAGAACAGCUGAUUGUCAACUAUUUUAUCAAAACAAUAAGCCUGUUUCUUUUGCACAUUGCAGCACCCUGGUCUGCUAUGCAGUAUAACUAGCUAAACAGCAGGGUGUAGCAAUUAUACCUGAUUUUACUGCUUUCCUAAAUCAACGUGCCACUAGGAAUAUGUAGAAACAAGGCGAUAUGUAUGUUCUGUCAUACCUACAGUACUGUACAUGCUUUUCUAGCGAUAGCACUGUUCACAAGGAUGCUGUCAAUCAGUAUGUUGUCUGAUGCCCAUGCAAUACUGAUCAGGCAGAAAAUAUUAAUUUUACUUGCUUUAAGCUAUAAUUAAAUUGUAGUAGGGGAUAUCAUUUUAAAUUGUGUUGCCAGGGGCUUUAAAUUAGUGUGCAUAUACAAGCUUAUAUUAUUGAUUCUGUUUUUUUCCUUUAUGCCUUUCUUGCCUUUUAAUUGCACACAGGUCAACUCCAUUCAACUAAUUAUGUGACUUAUGUAAUUAUGUAUCUGGUUUCACCAGCACUGUGUUGUUGUGCUGUCAUGUAUGACAGUUUGUUGUUUUAAAAUUAUAAAUAGGAAAUAAUGCCUUGUGUGUAAAUACUAAAUACAUGACCUGAAUUUAAACUUUGUAGCAUUUAAAGACUUAAUCACCAGGAAAUUAGCAGAGUUCUGUGCGCUAUGUGCUAAUGUGUUCAGUGAAGUGGAAUAUAUAAUGAUAGAAAAAAGGAAGUUCAACCACAUUGUGUAAAUAAAGAACAACAAUAAUGUCUGUGAACAUCAA